CUUUUGGGUUGCUGGCGGUGUGAUUUCCAGCAAUGGAUUGUCAUGUUAAAAGCACAACUUUUCUUCCCUCAUUAUUAUUUGUACUUCAUUCUCUCUUAAACCAUUUCUUCUUAUUCUGUGGCGUCUGCACAAAUUUUAGCUCGCAGAUCAUAGUUUGCUGUGGUUUUCUCGCUGCCAUUUCUUUGCAAUUUCGUUUUCUCGCAGCUGGAGGUUGAAGUCUGACCUUUUAGCUAACUUGUAAUGGUGGUGAAGCAUGUGAGGUCUCAAUGGACUGGACUGGCCUGCUCUUUGCUCCUUAUAUUGGUGAAGAUAAAGAAUUUGGUUUAAUGAUAUAAUAGGAAGAUGGCUAGUUGAGCCUAUUGUGUCUUUACCGAUAACUGUUGUUGCUAAAAGAGCUUGUUUCAACUCCAUGGCCAAGAAAAAAUUUACAAGCAUGAGACAUGUUGGCGGUUUAGAAGCUCCUAGAAACAGUUCGGAGCUACCAGUUGAGACAUCCUAUGGCUUGUAUGCAGGGAGAGAUAGUGUACUGUAUUCUUGUCAUCUGACGAACUGUUAUUCCACCGAGGCUCCAAUCAAGAAGUUGAUCAGUGAAGAGAUUUCUAAAAGACCAAACACCAGACAAAAUGGACUGAGCAUAGUGGCUCGUCUAAUGGGAGUUGAUAUGUUACCAUUUGAUUUGGGGCAAGCACCAAAAAUAGUUGAAAAAAAUAAUGAAACUCCUGCACCCAUGGUGAUGGACAAGGAAAGGUCAAAAAAGGGGUCGGUUGUCUGUGAUCAAUCUACAACAUGUUCCUCAACACAGCCAGACUUUGGUUCUUUUGGUUACAAUUUUGAUAGAUAUUCUGAUCAUUUCACUAGCCGCAUCAACCUGAAGAAGCCUAAACCCCGAGAACACCCUCAAGAACAGGAGCUGCAGAAGUUUAAGAAAGAUUUUGAAGCAUGGCAAGCAACACGAUUUAAAGAGUGUUCUAAGGUUGUAGAUAUCAGCAAUGAUCCAACCCAGUGGAUAGCCAAAGAUGACCUCAAGAGGGAAAAGGUGUUUCUUUAUGCUAAUUCCCAGAGAGUGACAACAAGGGGGAGGUUGAUGGAACCUAACAAUCUCUCUGUAACAGCAGGUCCACAUGAAAUACUUACUUCAUGUAAUUCUGAAAAGAAAAAGGAUCAUACUUUAGCUGGGGUAGAGGAAUCUCCCUAUUCAGAUAGAAUGCCAGUGACAGAGUUGCGGACCUCUCAACUGACUAAUGCUGAUCACCAAUGGGGUGCUGUUUCUGCUCCCACCAAGAUAGUGAUUUUGAGGCCUGGUCCUGACAAAAUUGGCGUCAGUGAAGAAGAUUCAUGGAAUGGUACUCCUUGCACUUCGGCAAAAAGGGGUAGCAUAGAAGAUUUUCUUGAAGAGGUGAAGGAAAGGCUGAAGUUGGAGCUGCAAGGUAAAAGUUCAAAAAGUACAGCGACUAGAGGAGGAACUGAGAGCCGUUAUCAGGAAAAGCCAUCACAACCAAGACAAAUAGCUCAAUGUAUUGCACAAAAAAUGAGAGACAGUGUCUCGAAGGACCUUGAGGUGAAUUUACUUCGUUCAGAGUCUGCAAGAUCUUAUAGCAGUGAUAUUCAGUUAAAUGGAACAGGUCACCCUGAGUUUAUUAGCAGAGAUACAAGGAGAUCGUUGACAGAGAGGUUAAGGAAUGUUCUUAAAGGCGAAAUACAUACAGAAAUUCCAACAGUUUCAACUAAAAGUUCAAGAUCAUUAUCAGUGUUAGAUUAUGAGAAGAGAGCUGAAAAGUCAAGGCACAUAUGGAUUGAUGAUAAAAUGGGCUGCUCCGAAAGCUGUAUGAAUGAUAUAGAAAAGCAAAGUAGGUCUUUCAGACAGGAUCCAUGUGAUGGUGGAAUGCACAACAAGGAACUUUCUCCUGGGAACCUUAUUAGAUCUUUGUCUGCUCCAGUGUCCGGAACAUUUGGCAAGCUCCUUCUGGAAGAUCGCCAUAUAUUGACCGGGGCCCAGAUAAGGAGGAAACAUGAAAUUGUUGAGAAUAUCUCGAUGAGUGCCAAGAAAAAGAAGGAUAAAUUCAACAUACGGGAAAAGGUUUCAAGCUUUCGAUACAGCUUUACCCUUAGAGGUAGGCUGCUUCAUAGGAGAGUUCAGUCAGUGGAUGAUUUACAUUAUAAUAAACAUGAUCUCUACAAUGAUGUGACAAGCGGACCAACGGUGACGUGGAAUUUCUGUGAAACAAAUGAGAACUCCACUGAAGUGCCACCAAGCCCAGCAUCUGUAUGCAGUACUCCCUGUGAGGAAUUUGGGAGACCAGCAGAUCAUACGAGCCAAACAUCAUCAGGUGUACUUCCGCUGGAGGACAGUGAAAUGCUCCCUGUUUUCCAUCAAAUAAACUCAGACUUGAAUGAGUCAGAGAAAAAGCUAAAUCAACCGAAAUGCACUGGCCUCAAGGAGACCAAAGUUGAAGAGCCACCUCAUGAAGUCGAAACUGACAUAGAUAAUCCAGCCGAAGCCUACAUAAGAGAUUUACUUGUGGCUUCUGGGUUGUAUGAUGGUUCAUGCAUCCGGUCACCGUCAAAGUGGGGUCCACAUUGCAUACCUAUCAGCCACCAGGUAUUUGAAGAAGUGGAAGAGUCUUACAGACAAAGCACUGAAGUGGACGAAAGGUGUUCAAAUCAGGAGGCAAAACUAAACCGCAAGAUGAUACUUGAUUUGUUAAAUGAAGCACUCCCUGCUGUACUUGGAGAACCAGCAAACACGGUUAGGUACAUGGAAAAGGCUAUUGAUCCUGCGUUUAAGCCUCCUCAUGGAAGGAAGUUAGUGUCUCGUGUGUGGGAAAGCAUUCGAGUUUACGUGCAUCCUUCAACUGAUAGAUCGGUUUAUGUUCUUGAUAACAUGGUUGCUCGAGAUUUAAAGUCCAAGACGUGGUCCAGGUUGAUGGAUGAGGGAAAAUAUGUGAUGGGUGAAAAUCUUGGGUCUGAGAUCGCUGGUGAUCUGAUUGAGGAAAUGGUCCAGGAUAUGUACUUACGAAGUCUUGAAGAGAUUGCGAAGUAGGGUUGCUCGAAUCAUUCUCUUGCAAGGGACUUUGUCUAGUUAAUAGACAUAGCGGUAAUAGUUGUAGAACUAGAUUGUGUGAUACAGCGAAAGAAAUUGUCGAGAAUAAUGGGUGAAGAUGCGUAUAAUAUAGGCAUGAUGUGUAUAAUAUAGCAAGGGGUUCAUAGAAAAGGUUGUGGGUGCAUAUGUUCUUUUAUUUAUUUAUUUAUGGAUAUGAAAAUGACAGAAAUAGUUUCAUUAUUAAUAAUUAUUUGUUUUCAUUGUAUUA